AUGGCGGCACUAAACAAUAAACGCCUUGCUAAAAGCAAGCUUUCAACGGGAAACUUCAAACGCGUAACUGCAAACUCAAGUUUGUCAGGGUUCCCGGUUUCCCAUGAAAAACCUGAUGAUGAUGAUGAUGAUGAUGAUGAUGAUGAUUAUUAUUUUUGCAAGAACCUACUCAGUUGCAUCGCAGGAUCGGGGCACUUUUUGCUGCGAGCCCCCAGGCGAGCAGCACACUAAUCUUUGGUAGGCCUGUGGUUUGUUGGGUUUCCUGCCUUUUUUUUUUUGUGAGUGCAGUCUCGAUUUUUGUUUGUCACGAUGAUUUUGAGCAGGCGUACGUCCAGCGGUGUCAUCAUAACUUAGAUGCGCCAUAGCACGUGUUACUGUAAGUGUGUUCCUUUUGCAUAUUCCAUGUUCCAUCGGUUUCAUCAUAACUUAGUUACGCCUGGUCGUGGCUCUGGAUGCGUCUUUUGUCGUCCAUAGCACGUGCUCCCUUCUCUCGCUUUCCUUCUUCGAUGUCAAGGUGAGUGUCAAACUUAUUUGUUGCUAGGGCAUUCCAUUCACCAACGUCCGAAAACGAUGUGGUGACAUACGGGGAAGACAAUGUGACUUCUUUUGUGAGUUUUUCAGCAUUGUUACUUGCUUAGAGUCAGCCGGACGUGUUUUUAACCAUUAAUUACAGCAAGAAGACAAUACCAUCUCUCUCAGCCUAUUAUUUUCAUUUAGUUACCUUGAUGUUCAAAGUUACUGUUAAUGUUUCUGUUAUUCUUAACGUUAAAUUGCCAAAAAAUUGUAUCUGUAUCCAUUCACGGCAUCAGCGCUUUAAAAUUAUGUUUUAUUUAUUUGUUGUUGAGCUGUUGCAAGGAGCUCAUAAUUUCAAAAUAUAUCCUUUCAUUAUUGUCUUUGGUUUACUUUACAUUUGAAAUGUAUUACAUUGUUCUGUACAUAUGUAAACAUUCAGUAUGACUCUACUAAUAAUAAGCUUCACGAUAUCCACCUUACCUAAAUUAUUAUAAUUAUUAUUAUGUUGUAUUUUUUUAUUUUUAGAAAUUAUCACGCAUUGCUGAGAGACGUGUUUUUAACCAUUUUCAGCAAGAAGACAAUACUGAAUCUCCAACUAUUAUAUUCAUUUAGUUACCGUUCAAAAUAUUUGCGUUAGGUAUUCACAAUUGCAAAGAAGUUAUUGAAUUAAAGUUAUUAAAUUCACCCAAUAAAUAAAUUAAUGAAAUUAUCAAAAUCUCUAUGCACAUUUACUGCUUCCGUUUAUUUGUCCUACUACCCAGCAUCUGCUCGCAGCAUUAUUAUUACAAUGUGUAACUUCUAGUUAUAUCAGUGUUGUAGUUUUGGAGACGGGACUUCCAUUUCCUAAUUUGCCCACAGGGCCGAGCAAAAUUUGAAUAAGGCAUUUGCUUGUUUCUCCUGAACGGUAACUUGAAAACAGUUUGUCCACGCUGCUAGGCCUGUCUCGAUUGUGUUUGGCAACGUUUGAGCAACUUUUGGCGUUUGGUACAACUUUUUGCUGUUCUAGCAACCUUGAGCAACUUUUACUUUUCUGAACAAUUUUUGAACAAAAUGCGGGUUUAGAAAACAUAUAAGGUACGAAGAGUUAACGAUUUAAUUGAUACAAAACUACAAUUUAUGCGAAUUUCUUGAAUGUUUAUCAACUUUUUAAACACGGCAUAACCUUUUUACUUGACAACGUUUCGCAGCCUAUAAAAAAGGCAUUUUUAAAACGUGUUUAAGGGGCUUGAAACGCAGUCAGCACAUAAGUACACACAAGAAAACGCUAAAGGUAAGUUAUAAAGGAAAAUCAAUGCACAUUUUGCUAAUUCAUAGAGCAAAGAAUAUUUAUCCUGCAACAUUACCGUCUUGUAUUUUUUUUUCUCGUAUGAAUAAUUAAUUAGCUUAGCAGGGUAUUGUCGCCAGAAACGCGGUUUCGGAUUUUUGUCAACAUUUUAGAAACUUUUUGGCUUUCCAUUGCAGUGAGCAACUCUGGGGCAUUUUACGAAUACAAUCGGGACGGGCCUAAACCCUGCCGGGAGGGGGAAGGAAGGAGGGCAGUAACCUGCGAUCAGGCAGAGUUUGGGAGACAAAAAAAAAAGCCUGAUCGCAGGGUGGUGCAAGAAAAUCAGAAAUGAAAGAAACACUGAGAAGAUUGAGCAAGCCGGGUCUACAAGAGAACGUUUCCCUUACAAAAAUUGAAGGGACCCCUUUCCUUUUCUAUUGGAAAAGUCCUGAGAAGGAAAAGAGAGGAAAAGGGCAAAAUUGACAACAACUGUGUAAUUAAAUUGCUCAGCAGCCUGAAUCCAUCUAAAGCCAAUGGCCCUGACUUACUACCUACGCGCGCCUUAAAGGAAGCGGCAACAGAGAUAGCUCCUUACCUAUGUUUUAUCUUCCAACAAUCCAUCAACACUGGUGAGGUGCCACCGGAAUGGAAGCAUGCCAAUGUUAUAGCAAUAUUUAAGAAAGGUUCAACGUCAGAGGCUGCCAAUUACAGGCCUGUCUCUUAAACGUCAGCGCCAUGCAAGCUGUUAGAACACAUUUUCCACCCUGGGCGCUCAUGGGAAACGCAUCUUUUCAAUACCGUUGAGCACCUAGCCCGUCAGUAAAUGAUAAAAACCAGACUGAACUUUUGAUCUUAGACGUUUCUAAAGCCUUCGAUAGAGUAGCACACAAACGUCUGUUACUAAAUUAGAGUACUAUGGCAGUAGUGGUUUAGUCUUAGCCUGGAUAAAGGCAUGGCUAAUAGGAAGAACUCAAUGAGGUGAUCCUUGAAGGCGAGUACAGUGAGAACUCUUGCGUGAGAUCUGAAGUCCCGGAAGGAACCGUGUUGGGUCCCUUGCCUGAGCUGUUAUUCGUUAACGAUAUAAGUAAUGACAUUACCUCAAAUAUUAAGUUAUUUGCUGACGACUCCCUGUUGUAUGGUCUGGUACACAAUUCCGACGAUGCAAUCAGUCUCCAAUCUGAUCUGGACAAAUUAGUUGAAUGGGCAAAGUUGUGGCAAAUGGCCUUCAACCCAUCGAAGUGUUACGUUGUACGCGUUUGCAGAACCAAGUGUCCUUUUAUACACCCAUAGACUAUGCCUGGUCAUACCGUACAGGCUGUAGACCACUGUCCUUACCUCGGAGUUUCUUUGUCAGGGGACCUAUACUGGAAGCCACGAAGCAGCGCCCAUACUGUUGUUCUGGGUCCCGAAAGGACUCGUCUCGAAUUUAGCUCUUUCAUUCUGAUAGGCAAAUUUACAAUGGCAUUUUGAGGUGUCAAUCGUUGCCGGCACGUAUUCAAAUCCUGGUACACAGGUGGAACCCAGAACAAGGAUUUUGGCGCUAUUUCGCAGACGGAAUUAACCAGACUUUAGAUUCGUCUGUUGCGCAGGCCCUGUCGGAAGCGGCGCGGUUUGUUCGAUUUGUCGAGGAGUCGGCAUGUUACUUUAAGGCAACACUGAAAAAUCAGCUUCUUGAUUACAUUACAACUAAGCCAGCCCGGUUAAACGGAACUCGGUAUGGUGAAUGUGUGAUGACGAGGAACUCUGAUAACCGGGCUGGAAAUUUUUCUUAUGAUCACUCUCGCAAGCCUGGAAAACCAAACCAGCAACCGGACCGCGGGUAA